AUGGUUGUGGAGCAGCAGGCCCUCGUCCUGGGGGCUAGAAAUUUCUCAGACAUGGACGCGCCUCCGGCGCUGGGAACAUCGCCCCUCCGCCUGAGUGAGAAGCGCGGGUCUCCAGGGCCUGGGAAGCGCUCGGAAGACCGCGCGGCUUCCUGCAGCCUCGGGGGCCGCCCCAGCACUCCGCGCCGCGCAAAGACCCUCGGAGCUCUGGCCAGGGGCUCCGCCCAAGGAGCCUCUCCCCCACUGGACUUCCGAUCCAUUCUUCGCAGAAGCGUCCUCCCGCCACCCCCACAGGGCCUGGAGGGACCCUUCCGGGUCAGUUCGGGCCAGACGCACACCCGCAGGGGUCCUCACCCCUCGGGGUCCGCUCCCAGCAGGCCUCGGCAUCUAGUCUGUAAAGGGGAAGGGUCUCCUAUAGCUGGAGACCUGUCCCUUCCAGCCGCACUGUGA